UUCCCUCCCCCGCCGGCUUCCUUGCACCAGUUUGGGUGACCGAGGAACCCCCAGGCCGGCAGAGACUGAGCUCUCGGGUUCGAGUCCGUGUUUUCACUUUUUGUCAGUCUGCGGGCGCAGAAGAUGGGAUUUGGGUCAAGACAUUCGGCUCUGGCCCCCUGGCUGGCCGGGGGAACCCUGGAACCCUAUGGAGACAGCAGGUCACUUCCUGCUUCCUGGUCCCCACGGUGGCUUUUUGGCCAGGAGUGCGGGGACGCCUCCUCUUUCUCCACGUCGGUCUCAAAAGGGUGGAAACUAAGGCAGAUCGGUGGUGGAGCGGUCAGAUGGGGAUUGAAGAGGAGUGUCAUUCCUCAGGGAAUUGCUCUUCCUGACAAAACCAAACUUGUUUGGGGUUGGAGAAUGGGGAUUGAGGAGGUUAGCUGGAGUUGUCCCUUGAUCGGAAACCCAGCCCCUUUGAUUACAGCUGCACCUUGGUCGGGAGCCCAGCCCUUCCGUAACCUAAGCGCUCAAAGCCGGUCUGUCCGGAGUAGUGGUGGUGAAGGGACGGAAAAUUGGAGUUGAAAGAUGUAGUACUCCGUUCACGUAAAGUUUCGGUGUAUAACACUUACAAGUAAUUACCAACUUAAAAAAAAAAGACUGUUUCGGUAGUAUACUGAUAAUAUUGCCUUGGGAUGAGGUUUUCUUUGAAGAGAAACGCUUUGUUACAGAGGGAAAAGCCGACCAUACUUGGUUUGAGUAGUACUCUACUAUGCUACCGUUCUGGAACCUAUAGAGCGUCUCUUAUUCACAGAUUUAAUCUUCAUGCUAAAUAGUGCAAAGUAAGAAAAUUGAAGUCAAAGACCAUGGGAGAUACAGCAAAACCUUAUUUCGCGAAGCGCACUAAAGACCGGGGGACUAUGGAUGAUGAUGACUUCAGAAGGGGUCACCCCCAACAAGAUUAUUUAAUAAUAGAUGACCAUGCUAAAGGCCAUGGCAGUAAAAUGGAAAAGGGCCUUCAAAAAAAAAAGAUAACACCAGGGAACUAUGGGAAUACCCCCAGAAAAGGACCAUGUGCUGUUUCCAGCAAUCCAUAUGCAUUUAAAAACCCAAUCUACAGUCAGCCUGCUUGGAUGAAUGACAACCACAAAGAUCAGAGUAAGAGAUGGCUGUCUGAUGAACAUACUGGUAAUUCGGACAACUGGAGAGAAUUCAAACCUGGACCUAGAAUUCCUGUUAUAAACAGACAAAGAAAAGACUCCUUUCAAGAAAAUGAAGACGGUUAUCGGUGGCAAGACACAAGAGGCUGCAGAACUGUGAGACGACUGUUUCAUAAAGACCUAACAAGCCUAGAAACCACGUCAGAAAUGGAAGCAGGAAGUCCUGAAAACAAGAAGCAGAGGGCCAGACCUAGGAAGCCACGGAAGACUAGAAAUGAGGAAAACGAGCAGGAUGGAGACUUGGAAGGCCCUGUGAUCGACGAGUCUGUGCUUUCAGCGAAGGAGCUGCUGGGCUUACAGCAGGCUGAGGAGAGACUGAAGAGAGAUUGCGUUGACAGGCUCAAAAGGCGACCACGAAACUACCCUGCAGCCAAGUACACCUGCAGACUCUGUGAUGUUUUAAUUGAAUCCAUUGCAUUUGCCCAUAAGCAUAUCAAGGAGAAGAGGCACAAGAAAAACAUUAAGGAGAAGCAAGAGGAAGAGUUGCUCACUACGUUACCCCCACCAACACCCUCCCAGAUAAAUGCAGUUGGCAUUGCCAUUGACAAAGUGGUACAGGAAUUUGGCUUACACAAUGAGAACUUGGAACAGAGGCUAGAAAUUAAACGUAUCAUGGAAAAUGUGUUCCAACACAAGUUACCAGAUUGUUCCCUAAGAUUAUAUGGGUCAUCCUGUAGCAGAUUGGGUUUCAAAAAUUCAGAUGUAAACAUUGACAUCCAAUUUCCAGCCAUUAUGUCUCAGCCAGAUGUCCUCUUACUUGUUCAAGAUUGUUUAAAGAACAGUGACUCUUUUAUUGAUGUCGAUGCAGACUUCCAUGCUAGGGUGCCAGUGGUGGUGUGCAGAGAAAAGCAAAGUGGUCUUCUGUGUAAAGUGAGCGCAGGAAAUGAAAAUGCUUGUCUGACAACAAAGCAUUUAACUGCCCUUGGAAAACUAGAACCAAAGCUGGUUCCUUUGGUGAUUGCGUUUAGGUACUGGGCAAAGCUUUGCAGUAUAGAUCGCCCUGAAGAAGGAGGUCUGCCACCUUAUGUGUUUGCCCUGAUGGCCAUUUUCUUUCUUCAGCAGAGGAAAGAACCCCUUUUGCCUGUAUAUCUAGGAUCAUGGAUUGAAGGAUUCUCAUUAAGCAAACUGGGGAAUUUCAACCUUAAAGACAUUGAAACAGAUGUUGUGAUCUGGGAAUAUACGGACAGUGCUGCAGGGGAUACAGACGCAGCGAAAGAAGAGGCACCAAGAGAAACGCCCAUUAAAAGGGGACAGGUGUCAUUAAUAUUGGAUAUGAAACACCAGCCUUCAGUACCAGUUGGGCAGCUCUGGGUGGAAUUGCUGCGAUUCUAUGCUUUAGAAUUUAAUGUGGCUGAUUUAGUGAUAAGUAUUCGUGUCAAAGAAUUGGUAUCUCGGGAAUUGAAGGAUUGGCCCAAAAAGCGCAUUGCCAUUGAAGAUCCCUACUCUGUUAAAAGAAAUGUGGCAAGAACCCUAAAUAGUCAACCUGUGUUUGAAUAUAUACUUCACUGUUUAAGGACAACAUACAAGUAUUUUGCUCUUCCACACAAAAUUACAAAAUCCAGCCUUCCGAAGCCUCUGAAUGCAGUUACAUGUGUUUCAGAAGUAAUAAAUCAUGAUCCAGAUGUGCAAACAAAAGAUGAUAAGCUCAAAAACUCAGUUUUGGCUCAAGGUCCCGGUGCUACCGGUUCAGCUGCAAAUACCUGUAAGGUACAGCCACUUACUCUUAAAGAGACUGCUGAAAGCUUUGGAAGUCCACCAACAGAAGAAAUGGGAAAUGAACACAUCAGGGUUAUCCCCCCUGAAAACUCAGACUGUAUCCGAGCAGAUGUUGACUAUGAUGAUUACAAGGAUGAUAAAGUACACCAUCAAGAAACAGGAAGGAAAAAUGAGAAAGAGAAAGUUGGUAGGAAGGGCAAGCAUCUGUUGGCUAUUGAUCAGAAACGUGGAGAGCAUGUUGUGUGUGGCAGCACACGUAAUAAUGAGUCAGAGAUCUCUUUGGAUUUAGAAGGCUUCCAAAAUCCUAUAGCCAAAGAGUGUGAGGGACUUGCUACUUUAGAUAACAAGGCUAAUCUUGAUGGAGAAAUUAUAGAAGGUACUGAGGAACUAGAAGGCCCUCUAAACCACUUUACCCACUCAGUACAGGGCCAGAUUUCAGAAAUGAUUCCCUCUGAUGAAGAGGAGGAGGAAGACGAAGAAGAAGAGGAGGAAGAAGAACCUAGACUCACCGUUAACCAAAGGGAAGAUGAAGAUGGCAUGGCUAAUGAAGAUGAAUUAGACAACACCUACACAGGAUCAGGGGAUGAGGAUGCCCUAUCUGAAGAGGAUGAUGAGUUAGGCGACCCUGCUAAGUAUGAAGACGUGAAAGAAUGUGGAAAACAUGUAGAAGGAGCUCUCCUAGUGAAACUUAAUAAAAUAAGUCUUAAGGAAGAAAAUGUAUGUGAAGAAAGUUCACCUGUGGAUCAGUCUGAUUUUUUUUAUGAAUUCAGUAAACUUAUCUUCACCAAAGGAAAGUCUCCUACGGUAGUGUGCAGUUUAUGCAAACGAGAGGGUCAUCUAAAGAAGGACUGCCCUGAAGACUUCAAAAGAAUCCAACUAGAACCUCUGCCACCGUUAACACCCAAGUUUUUAAAUAUCUUAGAUCAAGUCUGUAUCCAGUGUUAUAAGGAUUUUUCUCCAACAAUUAUAGAAGAACAGGCUCGUGAACAUAUUCGGCAAAACCUAGAAAGUUUCAUAAGACAAGACUUUCCAGGAACUAAAUUGAGCCUGUUUGGCUCCUCCAAAAAUGGAUUUGGGUUCAAACAGAGUGACCUUGACGUCUGUAUGACAAUUAAUGGACUUGAAACUGCUGAGGGAUUGGACUGUGUCAGAACUAUUGAAGAAUUAGCAAGAGUCCUCAGAAAACAUUCAGGUCUGAGAAACAUCUUACCUAUUACAACAGCAAAGGUGCCAAUUGUGAAGUUCUUCCAUUUGAGAAGUGGUCUGGAAGUAGAUAUCAGUUUGUAUAACACAUUGGCCCUUCAUAACACAAGGCUUUUAUCUGCUUAUUCCGCCAUUGAUCCCAGAGUGAAGUAUUUGUGCUAUACCAUGAAAGUAUUUACAAAGAUGUGUGAUAUUGGUGAUGCAUCUAGAGGCAGCUUAUCAUCAUAUGCAUAUACUCUUAUGGUGCUAUAUUUUCUCCAGCAGAGGAAUCCACCAGUCAUUCCUGUCCUUCAAGAGAUAUACAAAGGUGAAAAGAAACCUGAAAUAUUUGUUGAUGGCUGGAAUAUUUAUUUUUUUGAUCAAAUAGAUGAACUGCCUGCCUAUUGGCCAGAAUGUGGAAAAAACACCGAAUCUGUUGGGCAGUUAUGGUUGGGCCUUCUUCGUUUCUACACGGAGGAAUUUGAUUUUAAAGAACAUGUUAUUAGCAUCAGGAGAAAAAGUCUGCUUACAACUUUUAAGAAACAGUGGACUUCAAAAUACAUUGUUAUUGAAGAUCCCUUUGAUUUGAAUCAUAAUCUUGGAGCUGGGUUAUCAAGAAAAAUGACAAAUUUUAUAAUGAAGGCUUUUAUCAAUGGUAGAAGAGUAUUUGGUAUUCCUGUCAAGGGAUUUCCAAAGGACUACCCUUCAAAAAUGGAAUACUUUUUUGAUCCAGAUGUGUUAACUGAAGGAGAGCUGGCCCCAAAUGAUAGAUGUUGUCGAAUUUGUGGGAAAAUCGGACACUUUAUGAAAGACUGUCCUAUGAGGAGGAAAGUGAGACGGCGGCGAGAUCAGGAAGAUGCCCUGAACCAAAGAUACCCUGAGAACAAGGAAAAAAGAAGCAAAGAGGACAAAGAAAUUCACAACAAAUACACAGAAAGGGAGGUGUCAACAAAAGAAGAUAAGCCCAUACAGUGCACACCUCAGAAAGCCAAGCCAGUGCGGGCAGCUGCUGACCUGGGGAGGGAGAAGAUCCUCAGACCACCAGUGGAAAAAUGGAAGAGACAGGAUGACAAAGACUUAAGAGAAAAGCGUUGUUUUAUUUGUGGAAGAGAAGGGCACAUUAAAAAGGAAUGCCCGCAGUUUAAAGGCUCUUCAGGAAUGUCUAAAUCAGAUUGUAUGUUUGGAUCCCCCUCACCUGUACCAUUGAAACCAACUGGUCCAUUUGUUCAGGCAGUGCUUUUACAUGAAGACAAAAAGAAACAAAAAACAACAAUAUUUUUGAGUCCCCAGUCAGGUAGCCUUUCCAGUAAAUAUAUGACUCAGGGAAAAGCCUCAGCGAAGAGGACCCAGCAGGAAUCAUGAGGGAAGGAAAAUGCAGCACUCUAAAUGGCCACUCAGGCGUUCCUAUUCACUCGGAAAAUUAGGUUCAUUUCACAGGACACGGCAGCGUAGAUCAGGCUUCAACUUAACAUUUAAGGGAAAUGUCAGAUUUUUUUUUAAUUUAAUGAAAUUGUUAAUGAGGAAGAAUUUUUAAUAUAGUCUUAUCCACCACACAUCCCCAUAGAUUUAAGGAUUUUAAUAGAAAGCCAUGAUGUAUGUAUUUAAGCCAGGUUAAAAGAAAAAAUGUAACUAUGGACCAGUAUUCAAUGAAUACAGUUUCAUGGUUUUUAAUUCUUUCAAAGCACAUUAAAAAUGGUGUGCUGAUAAACCCCAAGUAAAUUAACCCUUUUUCUGUAUAAAUCCAUUUUUUGUUUUGAAGAGGGGAAAUUAUAUUUAUUGUUGUUUACUGAAUCCUUGUGUGAAAGCAUAUCAAAUAUGUAUGAACUGCUACUGCUGUACUUCCGAUUUACAGACAUCAUUUUAUUGCUAUUUGUAGAUGUGAUAACAUGAACAUGAGUACCUAUUUAUGUGGGCCUUCAGUGGAUGAGAAGUGCCACUCAGGUCUCUGGGGUCUCCCUCUCUAAUUUUAAGUAAAUUGACAUGUAACUACUAUGCUUAUCAAAAUGAAGUAAGGAAAACAAGUAGUCCUGUUUGCCACUAAAAACAUUUUCAAAGGAAAAAUAAAAUGAAAGUACUUUUUACUUUUUAUGAUAUUCAGAAAUUAGGAUGAAGAACUUUUUAAAAUUCCUGAAGAUCAAAGAGGUUAUCUCUGCCAGUCACAAGUGUGGUUGGUGUCAUUCUGGGUCUGACUGGAGCCCUCCUGGACUGUUUCUUUAAUUUCAAAAGCCCUGCAGACAUAGUACCUGGUCAGAACUAUGCCUCAGUUUAUUUAUCAUUUUGAAAUAAAAUCAAAAUUUCAACCUGUAA